AAAAAAAAGAGGAAAAAUCAGACAAAAAAAGAGAGAGAUAGGAUUUGUUCGGAUUUUUCACGUUAGAUUGCAGCCAUCCCCCUGAAUUACUGUAAUAUACGGACCUUUUUGCCCUUGCAAUUUUUCUGGAUUUUUCUCUGCUUUUUUUUCCCCAAAAAAACCGAGUCUUUGUUCUGUGUUUUUCUUAAGACUCUUGGAAUUUGACCUUGGGAUGGCUUCUUUUCUGGGGUUUGCUUAUGGAUCAGUUUGUCGGCCUCCGAUCUGGGCCAUUUCUUUGCUUGUGGGAUGGAUCCUGCCGGGAAUCGGGGUUUCUUGAUGGAUUCCGAUCGGUAUCUGGUUAUGGUGAGGGUUGGGUUUAGAACAAGUUGGAGUUUUGGCGCGGAUGCGUUGCAGAUAUCUUGGACUGAGGGGCAAGGAAUGGGAUAUGGUGAGGGUUUGAGAUUGGGCAGCCAAACUUCGAUUUAUGGUUUGAGGCAGCUUUCCUUUGUCUUGUUUGGAAGUUGAUGUUGGGUUUUUAUAUGAGUUUAUGUAUUUUUUCCAUUUUGACCUUCAGCGGACUUGAUUUUGUGAGUUUUUUUUUUUUUUUUUUGACCGUAUGGCAAAAGCAAUAUAACCUUUUAUGAUCCGAGGUUCCAUCUAAAUGAUGGAAGGGGACUUGGCUUAGGCUGAUGCCGGAGGCUUCGGAAUAAAGCUUAAGGUUUUCUGAGAUCUGGCUAUUUAAUUUUUAGGUUCAUUUACUGGAGAAAUGUUUUGUGCAUCUUAACCUUACACCCGAAUCAAGGGAUUUUACGAUUACAAUCUCAAAAAAAUUACUUUGAAAUGCGGUAACCUGUAAGUAUAGACUUUUAUUGGACGUAGAACCAGUUAUUAGUUGUAUUCCUUUUUUUUUUUUAAUUGGUCAUAUCUUGGGAUAUUUUAUUAGAUGACUAUUGUCCUUGUUCCAUAAUUUAAGUGCAGGGUUUGGGAUUUGGUGAAUUGUGGAGCAUUACUUAAACUGUAGUGGUUGAGACCAAGCCUGUACUUUCUUCAAGAUUCCUAGGACAUUGGAUUGUUUGUUGCAUGCUUUGGAAGAGUUUCUCAUUGUUUUGAGGAUUCUGCCUGUGUAUAUUUUUUUCUUCCCAAAGGAGAUCAAGACUGCAUUAUUUAUUGGAACAAUAUAAUUAUUCUAUUAAUUCAGAAGUUACAAGUGCGGGUCUAAAGUUCAGAUUCUUUCCUGUUCAGGUUACUUUCUUUUUUCUCUCCUUAUAUUGUCACCUUGCCAUGGUGUUGUUUUGCUGUACUGAAAACUUCUGCCAACAUCAGCGGGCAAGAAUCUUCAUCUUCCAUUAUAGUGUUGUGGUGUUGGGAGAGACAAUAAGGGUAUGGUGCUCGUUGCUUUACAUGGAUGAAGCACCUUUAUAUUGUCCAGAAGUAGAGGAUGCAUUAGAAAUUCACAUUCCGACGGUAUUGAUGCGUCUCACAUAUACUGUAUUUUUUCUGAUGAGAAUAUGGUACCCAAGAUGCCCCUAGGACACUAGUUCUCUCGUGGACCAGGACGUUCCAAAUGUCGUGGCUGGUGUUGAUCGAGAUAGACUGAGAUGCUUGCAUCACGACACUUGGGACAGCUUGGCAUCCCAGAAUUGCUUUCCUUUUUCUCUUCAUUCUUGUUUUUAGUGGUCCUUCCGGUCCAUCCCGAUCUAAACGACACCAUAUUGACUCCAGGAUCAAAUCGGGGCACAAGGUUUUAAAUACCGAUGAAAUGGCGGGGCAUCCUACUGUCUCGAGUGUCAAGAUGGAACUUGUUAGGAAAUAGACCAGGGCGGGAUGGAACAUCCAGCGUCCCAAUUAUCAGUACAUGGGGCAUCUUGUCCCACAGGAACCAUAGAAAAGUCGGGAUAGCCCCGUCCUAACUAUGUUUGAAACAUUGCUAGGAUAGGUAUUUGAAUUGACACUUUAAUCCUUGGGCUACAUGGUAAAUUGAAAGUUCUUUUAAAUAUAAAGUUCUAAUGCUAAUCAUAAUGUGGCAUCAAGUGUAAUCUUUGCAACUCUUUUUUAAGAACACAUAAAAACUCCGGUAGUAGAGUUUUAGGCAUAUAAAUUGUAAGAGAUUUUACAAUAUAGGCACCUAAUGUGAUGGUAUUUCUCACAUGAAUCUGGCAUUAUCAUCUUUCAAUACUUUUCCUCUUGAAGUUGUGAUCUAUGGCUAGCUACAUAAUGUAGAGUAAUGUCGAUGGAAGCCAUGAUGUUCCUACUAUUGAGAUAGCAAGAAGGUAAAGACACCAUUUCCCCAUUCUUAAAUUGUGGUUUGUAUUUAAGAUAUAUAUAUAUAUAUAUUCAAAAGAUGAAAUUAUGAACUUUUUGAAAAGAAGCCUAUUAUGGGAUACAAUGACUGGUACAAUCUUUACAUACCCUUGAUUCAUAAUAUUUAUAGUGAUUUAGAUUUACAUGAAUAUUGCAAUAAAAAGACCUGAUUGAGGAAUCAUUGGAGAAUAUUCAUCUUAAUGUUCCUAUCUUUCAUGAAACAUUGUUAUAAGGAUCCUCUCAAGGAAGUUUUCAUGUGCCUUGGUGGAACAUGAUUGGGGACCUACCCAAAUAUUGCUUAUGUAGGAUGCUGUCCUGUGAUCAUUAUGAACAUAGGAUAGAAUCUGUACCUAUUUCAGUUUGAUAGACAAAGUUGUUGAUAGAAACACGGUGACAAAUUAGUGAAAGCCUCUACAUUGUUACUGUCAUUGGGGAAUAUAUUGCUUUCUGAUGGUUUGGUUUAGAAAUUCUAAUUUACUUGCUGUCUUGUAGUUUAGUUUUUUAAAGUAUAGGGUAAGUUUGCAAGCAAAUCAGGUUAGAUCAGGGACUGGCUCGACCCAAAUCCAAUCCAUAUCUGAAUUAGGUUAAGAAAUUGAAUCCAAGGCUAGUCCAUUUUCCUUGAGGUUGGAUCAGUUCAGGUUUGAGGUUUAUUUUAUCUAUCUGAUAUUUUGGGUCAAACAGAGUUAUGAAUAAUUGACACAUACCAUAAGGAAUGUCCAUAAAUAAAUCAUUUAAUUAUUUGGUAUGGGAAAAUAGCAAUUAGACAAUGUGCAAACAUCAUUAACAACCCGUUUCACGUAAUAUUUCAUUGGUAACUAUGCAUAAAUUAUAAGUAAAAAAUAUUAAUUGAUGAUCAACUAUACAAAAGUUGUUACUCUGAAUAAAUAAAAUUAUAAGAUUCGAAGAGCGCUAUGAAAAUAUUGUUUAGAUUUGGGUAUCUGGUGAUCCAAAUCUAAUCCAUGUUUGGAACGUGUCAUAAUUUUCAAUUGAAGCCUAGUCCAAAUAACCGUGGUUCGGGUUGGGCCAAGUUAUUUUUGGAUUGGUUCCAUAUGGGAAACGGCUCAACCAAUCCACUUGCAGGAGUACACAGGGUUUAGUUGGUUGUUUAUAGUCUAGGAUAAGCUUAAGGGCAAACAUUAUCCAUCCAACAUUUCGUUUCCCAAACUACACACCACCUCGGUCACAUAUGCGAGAUGCAUUGGGCCAAUGCAAUUAUACAAGUGCCUAGGCAUGUGAUCUGUAGCCUAGCCGAAUAUUGGGGACACUUGAGCAUUAGGCGUGGCUGUUAAGGGGCUGCAUAUGUCUAUGGGGCUGGCUGGCUGCAUAGGCCACUUUUUAGAAUGGUGCAUCACCGAAUGGUUUAGUAAAGAUGAAGCACAUAAAACUCUAGGAUGUAUGGGAAGAUGCUGGAGCAAGCUAGAACAAGUUUACAUCUUGAGUUAUUUUAAUGUAAUUAUUUUGUUUUCUAUGUAUAUAGGAAUAAUUGAAAGAAACAUAGUUUGAAUGGCCUAUGGAGAUAUUGGUAUAGAACAUCUUUUCAUAUAAGCGUUUUAUUUUCUUUAGGAGUCAAUUUUUGAGAUUGGUGUUAAAGUUUGGUUUCGUAUGAAAAACGGAGUAAAAAGUUUUUGUUGUCAACUAUCACCUCAACUAUUAGUUGAGGAAGUUAUCCUGCUUCAUAUUCUCUCUCGUUAUUCUUUAGGUCAAUGCAUUCUCAUGCUACAAAUUUGACAAUCAAUAAGUCUUCUAAGGUACUUGACUCUUGUAAAAGUGCAGGUGAGGGAGACAAGCUGUCCAGGUAAUGAAAAUGAGAAAAGUAAUAAUCUAUUUGAGUUUUAUGUUAGUAUAUAAUUAUUGAAUGCAAAUAUUAGCUCUGGCAUAAAUUGAAAAUUUUGAAAUAAACUUGGAAUCUCUAGAUUUACUUUUUUCAUAGACGCUCGGAAGUUUUAAUAACAUUGUGAAUAACUUGAUCCCAGUGCAUUCAAGAUGGAAGAUAUGAAUGGAAGCAGUUCUACUAUUUCAGAUAUUGCUGCUUUGCACAAGGAAUGGGAUGAGAUUUCAUGCCCAAUUUGCAUGGACCAUCCUCAUAAUGCUGUCCUCCUGAUCUGCAGUUCUCAGGAGAAAGGCUGCAGAUCUUACAUCUGCGAUACUAGUUACCGACAUUCCAAUUGCCUGGACCGAUUCAAAAAACUGAAAGUGAACAAUAGGGACAGCUCUUCUCAGCAGAGCUCUUCCAUCUUCGAGAAUUCUGACACUGGAAAUCUUGCACAGAGGGAUCCUCAUAAUGCCGAUUCUGAAUCUAUUUUUGGGGGCCCGAGGACCAGAGGAAACUUGGUGGAAACCCAUGAAGAUAAUGGCUUUGAAGAAAAUAAUGGAGGGGUCUCUUCAGGCAUACUUGAAGAAUUGGAAGAAAAUGAUAAUGGCCAAGAACCUGAGAGAUCGACAGAAGCUCAGGGGGAAGAAAGAAACAGACUGCAGGAAUCUGUUGGCAGUAAUGCAUCAGACGAGAACUGCCUGAAGUGUCCCCUUUGCCGAGGUACUGUCAUGGGUUGGAUGAUUGUUAAAGAAGCAAGACAGUAUCUGGACCAGAAGCCAAGGACCUGCUCUCGGGAAUCAUGUUCAUUUUCUGGCAACUACAGGGAGCUGCGCAGACAUGCCCGGAGAGUCCACCCUCUGACAAGGCCUGCUGAUGUGGACCCAUCACGACAGCGUGCCUGGCGCCGCCUGGAACACCAGCGGGAGUAUGGUGACAUCCUCAGUGCUAUCAGAUCAGCAAUGCCUGGUGCAAUUGUGCUAGGUGAUUAUGUCAUAGACAAUGGAGAUGGGAUAUCCCGUGACAGGGAAAGCAGUGGAUCAGAUGAAGGGGGUGGACCGUGGUGGACGACAUUUUUUCUAUUCCAUAUGAUUGGCAGCCCUAUUGGGUCCCUUGGUGAGCGAAGGGGCUCAUCCAGGGCUUGGCAGACACAUCGACGCGCAGGACACCGUAAUCUAUGGGGGGAGAACCUAUUGGGUCUGCAAGAAGAUGAUGAUGAUGAUGAUGGGAACCUAGAUGAUGACAUUCCAAUACCGAGGAGGCGUCGGAGGUUCAUGAGAUCCAGACCUGAUGACGAGCAGUCAUGAGAAUUAACUUCUGGUAAUUAUAUGCUUUCCAGCUAUACCUGAAGUUUUCUUUCCCACGAGUCACUGGUGAUUGGUCCUGUUAUCUUUUUUUUCACCUUGAUAUGGAAAUUUGAUCUGACAGUGCUGCCUUGCUCUGCUAAAUGUUAUGUUGAUAGUUCCAGGCUGUUGCAGUCACUGGAUUGGGAAAUUCUGGAGCUGUGGAGGGACAGGUCUCGAGAUUACAUUGGAUGGUUGGAAUGGCUUGUUCUGUGUUGAUUUAUUAUGCUAGCAAUUGACAUGUCUUCUGUAAUGAUAAAUAUACUUAUAUGUAGACUUGGUAUGGAUAAUUAAAGCUUAGUGGUUGCGAGCCUGAUCUGGAUGCUUGCACCAUCUGGUUUGGUCUUCUAAAAAAUUAUUUUACUGGUGAAACAUGCCCAAGUGGCAUUCAUCAAAUGUACAGAAUGACAUUUGUAAGGCAUUUCAAACACAGCUGUUCUAUUGCAGUGAUUU